AAAGCUUUGAGCACUAGUCUACGCCGAGAUUUACUUGACUACAGAACUUGUUUUUAUUGCUCUGCGGCUUCCUAAGAAAAACAUAAAGCGCUAAUCAGCUGCAAAGUAUUUUAUUUCGGGGCUUAGUCGUUCAAACGUCAAGGUUAUCGCAAGAAUUAAGAUGCAGCAAAUAAUUUUUGUGGCUUUGCUGGUGGUGGCUGCAGUCGGCGCUGCACCACAGCAGCAGACAUCCAAUGUGGAUAGAAAUAUUGAUAGCAUCUUCAAUACGAAUCCCAGCAUUUUUGAGCAAACUGCAGGACAGCAGCAGCAGCAACAGCAGCAGCAGUCGCAGACGCCUACACGCCGUCCAGGCUUCUCCGAAAUAGUAACACCCGAGCCCAAUGUGACGCCAAUUAACUUUGAGUCCAUUAGCGGCAAGUCAGCUACUUGCAACUGCGUGCCUUACUACAUGUGCGAUCCGUCCACCAAUAGCAUCACCGAGGAUGGCACCUUUGAUGGCUUUGGCGCUAUUGAUAUACGCUUUGGCAACGACGAUCCUAUUUGUCCCUCAUCCGUGGAUGUUUGCUGCGCUGGCAAUCGCACGCGUGCUGAAACUUUGACGCCCACAGCGCCAGUGCGUCCACGUGGUUGCGGCAUACGCAAUGUGGGUGGCCUAGACUUUACGCUGGUGGGUGCAAACAACAAUGAGGCGGGCUUCGGCGAGUUUCCCUGGACGAUUGCCAUGAUGCAUGCCAGCAACUUUAGCUACUUCUGCGGCGGUUCGCUUAUACAUCCACAGGUGGUGCUCACUGCGGUGCACUGCGUCAAUACGCAGCAGCCUGGCUCGUUCUUGCUGCGCGCCGGCGAGUGGGACUCGCAGACUGAAAAGGAACGUCUGCCGUACCAGGAGCGCACAGCUCAGCGCAUUAUUACGCAUCCGCAGUUUAAUCCACGCAAUGUUGCCAAUGACUAUGCGCUUGUUAUAGUGGAUCAGCCCUAUCUGCUGGAUGAUCAUAUCAAUGUGGUUUGUUUGCCAGCGCAGGGCGCAACUGCAACGCCGCGCACCACUUGCUAUUCCACGGGCUGGGGCAAGGAUGUAUUUGGCGCCAAUGGCAAAUACAGCGUCAUCAUGAAGCGUGUGCCAUUGCCUGUGGUGGAGUUCACCAGCUGCCAGUCGCAGCUGCGUCGCACUCGUCUCGGUCCCAAGUUUGGGCUGGAUCGCUCGUUUAUGUGCGCAGGCGGUGAAGUGGGCGUGGAUACUUGCUCCGGGGAUGGCGGCGCACCGCUGGCCUGUCCCAUUGGCGCAGCUGCGGACAAUCGCUAUCAACAGAGCGGCAUUGUGGCCUGGGGCAUUGGCUGCAAUGAUGCCGUGCCUGCGGCUUAUGCUAAUGUUGCCUUGGCGCGCAAUUGGAUUGAUCAGCAAAUGUUGGCCAAUGGCUUUGCCAUUGAUAGCUACACGGCCUAAACUACUGCACAUUAGUAUACCGUAAUUCCAUUAGACUAUAAAAGACUUCAAUAAAAAGAAAUUUCGCUUUCAA